AAACAUCUUAUGUUGAAAGGAUUUACAGAAAAUUAUUACUUGUGGACGCAUCACGGAGAAAAUUGGCAAUACAAUGAUGGUGAAGCAUCAGGAAGUCAUCAUGUGAUGGAGCAUGAACCAUGGGGUGAUUAUUCUAACAAUGUUCCAAUGGAGGAUCAGUACCAUGAUUCCAAUACAGAUUUUAAUAUGUUACCCGGUGAUGCUAGUUUUCCAGAAAACGUCCAAGAGCCAGCUUACGAAGAAAAACAUGAUGCUGUUUUUCAAGCGUUAGAAGCGGCAAAUCAACCUUUAUACGAGGGGUGUACUGAUGAAAUUUCUCAACUGUAUUUGGCCUCAAAAGUGAUGAAUUGGAAAACCAAUUUUAAUCUUUCAGAGGAAUGUCUGGAUGAAAUUACUGAAACCUUUAAAGCUGUUCUUCCGUCGCCUAAUAUUGCGCCUAAAUCGUACUACGAGACAAAGAAGUUAACGCGGUCUCUAGGGUUGCCAUGUCAUAAGAUUGAUGUGUGCGAGGAUAAUUGUAUGCUAUUUUGGAAAGGGGAAGAUAGUAAGUUACUACAUUGUCGCUUUUGUAAAAAAGACCGUUAUGAACCAAAUGUCGGCCGAUCAGGGAAGAAAAUACCAAAGCAAAGGAUGUUUUAUCUGCCUAUUACGGAUCGGUUGAAGCGAUUGUACCAAUCAGAAACGACAGCUUCACAAAUGAGGUGGCAUGCUGAACAUGUGUCCCCCGAAGGACAAAUGCAUCAUCCCUCAGAUGGAAGAGCAUGGAAGCAUUUUAAAGAGGUAUAUCCUAAUUUUGCUUCUGAGAGUCGCAAUGUUUAUCUGGGUUUAUCAACCGAUGGAUUUAAUCCAAUUGGUAUGAAUGGACAAUCAUAUUCUGUAUGGCCCGUCAUCGUGACACCAUACAAUUUACCCCCCGGAGUGUGCAUGAAAAGGGAAUAUUUCUUCCUCUCUAUAUUAGUGCCAGGGCCAAAGCAUCCAAAGAAAAGCUUGGAUAUAUAUCUGCAACCGUUGAUUGAAGAAUUACAAAAUUUAUGGAGUGAAGGGGUGGAGGCUUACGAUGUCUCACGAAAAGAAAAAUUCACGAUGCGAGCGGCCUUGAUGUGGACAAUUAACGAUUUUCCAGCAUACGGGAUGUUAUCUGGAUGGAUGACCCAUGGAAGGUUGGCUUGUCCGUAUUGUAUGGAUGAGACCAAUUCGUUUUGGUUACCAAACGGUAAAAAACACAGUUGGUUUGAUUGUCAUAGAAAGUUUUUGCCUGAAGGACAUCCUUAUAGGCGGAAUGUUAAAGAUUUCUUAAAAGGUAAAACUGUCCAUGAUGAUCCUCCACCAUGGUUAAACGGAGAGGAAAUAUUACAUGAAAGAAUAAAUAAUAUACGUGGACUGCGUAAAACAGUUGAUUGUGGAGGCAAAGGACAUGACAAUCCUACUCGAUCUAUUGAAGGGUAUGGUGUUGAUCAUAAUUGGGUGAAGAAGAGGAUCUUUUGGGAGUUACCUUAUUGGGAGAACCUACUUCUUCGACACAAUCUUGAUUUUAUGCAUAUAGAAAAAAAUUUCUUUGAUAAUCUGGUUAACACAGUGCUAAAUGUACCUGGGAAGACAAAGGAUAGCAAAAACUCAAGGAUGGAUCUCCCUUUGUUUUGCAGAAGACCCGAGUUAGAGAUUUCCCAAGAUGGAAGAGUGCCUAUUCCAAUCUUUAGAUUGUCGAAGGAAGGCAAAGAAAAAUUUCUAACAUGGUUGAAGACCGAUAUUAAAUUUCCAGAUGGGUAUGUUUCGAAAUUUUCACAUUGUGUUAAUUUGAACAGUGGAAAGAUAUCAGGAUUAAAAAGCCAUGACUGUCAUGUCAUCAUGCAACGACUUCUCCCAAUUGCAUUUGCGGAACUUCUUCCAAAACCUGUUCAUACGGCAAUUUCAGAUAUCGCACUCUUCUUUCGAGAUAUAUCUGCCAAAAUCUUGAAGAUUGAAGAUGUUGCUAGACUGAAAGAAAAUAUUGCAAUUAUGCUUUGCAAUCUUGAAAAAAUAUUUCCACCGGCAUUCUUUGAUGUGAUGGAACAUCUACCUGUCCAUCUCCCAGAUGAAGCUUUACUAGGUGGUCCGGUCCAAUAUAGGUAG